AUGAGUUCAAAAUACUUACCCUCCUCUCUCUUCUUGUUAGGUUGGAUAAUCACCUUUCCUACAUGCCCGACAAUUGGAUCAUCAUUAGCUAAGCCAGGAUGCAAUGAUACUUGUGGCAAUGUUCCCAUCCCUUACCCAUUCGGGUUGACUCCUGGAUGCGCUCUCCACAAAUCAUACAUCAUAAUUUGCAAUGCUUCCAAGCCAUAUCUAAGUAACCUCAACCUGGAGGUGCUGGACGUGUCAUUGGUAGACCAAACUGUAACAGUAAAUGCCCCAUUGACUUAUUUUUGCAACUCUGAUCAAGCCCAGAGAAAUGGUACCAACAGCAGCAGAUGGAUCAGCUUGGAUCUUGCCGGAACCCCGUUCUUGUACUCACAAAUACAGAACAAACUGAUGCUAUUUGGGUGUGGAAAUGUUGUACUAACUCAAGAAGAGAACAAGGGUUUAGCAGGUUGUACAUCAAUUUGUCAAUUCAGCAGUUCUUAUCAAGCCGCUACUAGUACCAGUUGUAACGGGGUUAAUUGCUGCCAAACAACAAUUCCUUUCUACCUCUCCAAAUACAGUCUGAAUUUCAGGAGCUUAAGUUUCAAGCGGUCAGGAUACUGCCCAUCUGCUUUCUUGGUGGAUCAGAACUGGUUGCCAGAGCAGUUUUCUGAAUCUUUGCAAUUUAUUCCGGUUGUUUUGGUCUGGACUCUAUCAAAAGUCGAUGUCACAGUGGUUGAUAAAUGUCCAUACUACAACUAUAGUCUUUACUCAGACUCCGGGGUAUAUGUGGAAGCUUAUGGAUGUACAGAUUGCCCAGCCGGAACUUAUAAUCUUGUCUACGGCGCUGCUAUCAAUCCAUAUCUACAAUCAAAAUCAAGAUGCAUCGGCCGUGUAAGAUAUUUUAUAAUCCUGGGAGCAAUAUUACUAAUUGGUGGUAUCUUAAGCACUUUUGUAUUAUGCCUGAUAGCUGCUAUUUUUACCAUGUGUAAAAUAGUAAAGAGGAAAAGAAAUAGAAGGAUGAAGGAGAAAUUUUUUAUAAGAAAUGGAGGUGUAUUGUUACAACAACAGUUAUCUGCUGAUGGUGUCAUUGAAAGAACAAGUAUUUUCACAAAAAGCGAGUUGUCCAAGGCCACUAACCGAUUCAGUGAAGAUCGAAUACUUGGACAAGGUGGACAAGGAACAGUUUACAAAGGAAUGCUUACUGAUGGAAAAAUUGUAGCAAUCAAAAAGUCAAUGAAGGUGGAUGAAAGCCAGAUAGAACCAUUCAUCAAUGAGGUUAUCGUUCUUUCACAAGUCAAUCACAGGAAUAUAGUAAAACUACUAGGUUGCUGUUUAGAGACAGAAGUUCCUCUAUUGGUCUAUGAAUUUAUCCCUAAUGGCACCCUCUCUAGCCUCAUUCAUAAUCAGAUUGAUGAUUCAAUCCCCUUCACUUGGAACUUCAGACUAGGAAUAGCAGGUGAAGUAGCAGGAGCAUUGGCAUAUUUACACUCGGCAAUCGCAAUUCCUAUCUAUCAUAGAGACGUCAAGUCCAACAAUAUACUUUUGGAUGAGAAGUACAUAGCCAAAGUAUCAGAUUUUGGAACCUCAAGGUCCAUUGAAGCUGAUAAAACUCAUACAACUACACUCGUCAUAGGUACUUUUGGCUACUUGGAUCCGGAAUACUUUCAGUCAAGCCAAUUUACUGAGAAAAGUGAUGUCUACAGUUUUGGGGUUGUUCUUGUUGAGCUCUUGACAAGAAAAAAACCCAUAUCAGCGUCUGAAUCAGAAGAAGACAGUCACUUAAACUUGGCCACAAGGUUUUUGACCCUGAUGGAUGAAAAUCGUGUCGACAGUAUUCUUGAUCGUCAACUUCUACAUGAGAGCAUGGAGGAAGAGAUUAUGGCUGUUGCCAAACUGGCUCAAAGAUGCCUGGAUUUAAAUGGGAAAAACAGGCCAACUAUGAAGGAAGUAGCCAUUGAGUUGGAAAACAUUAAAAGGGCAGCAAAAGGUUCAACUGUUCACAGCCAACUGUUCAAGCAAGGAGAGUGUGAAUCUGUUUUGUUAGCUGAUACUGAAACUUCAUGGACAGCCGAAAGUGAUAGCACAGAUGCCGUUCCACUAGUAUGGCAUACAGUUUAA